AGCACUUUUACCGGCAGCGGGUUGGGGGAGGGUGUGGCUGCACUGCACCACGCGGAUCGAUCGUUGCUGCCGUUGUAACAGGACACCUACUUUAUUUUCGCAAGACGAAAAAAACUUUUCUCGUUGUUCAGGUUAAACGGCCGUAAAACCAAGGCGGUUGGAGUCGCACGCACUAUUGUUCAGCGAGCGCGUGUGCGCCGGAGUUGUGCUCAGUCCCGCAACCGGACUCUGCGCUUCUUUGUUCUGUCUGUCCCGUUGAUUCUCUGUGGACUUUGCAAGUCUGCGACCCCAUGCAUUAACCGAUACCAGUUAAAGUUCUGCAGCAAUGCCUGGAGUAAACACGCACCCACUAUACGGCUGGGAGAUGGAGCACUACUUUUACGACGAGAUGGACACAGAAGAGGACUUCUUUAAAUCGACAGCCCCGAGUGAGGAUAUAUGGAAGAAAUUCGAGCUGCUUCCCACCCCACCCAUGUCGCCUUCAAGGACGCUGGAUGGAGACUUGUUACCGGGGGAUCGACUCGGGUGGGCACCCCCGAAGACAUUAACAUGCGAUGAGGAAUACGAGGGGUUGCACAAGUUUGACCCAUUGGACAUUUUUGGAAAUCUCGGCUCUAUCGUUAUCAAAGACUGCAUGUGGAGCGGAUUUUCCACGAAUCACCGGCUCGAGAAAGCACAGAUUAGCGCUCAGGUUCAGACGACUACCUCAUUGCACACAGCCUCGGCUACACAGAAGGGUCCUCGUGUUGCACCGGGCACGCCCGUGACCGGCGCUAAGGCGGCACAGUGCGUGAAUCCGGCUGCUGUACUUGAGCUUCCUGUCCCGCAUAAGAAAGUUGCUGCAGGGUCUUCCGGUUCUGAGUGUCGUUCAGAUUCCUCCGAUGAAGAGGAUGAUGAUGAGAUCGACGUGGUGACCGUUGACAACCGACCGAAGCGCGGUCGCCCUCCAAGCCGCCGGACGCCAGUAACCAUCAUGGUGAGCGCAGAUCCGUUUGGACCGUGCCCCAAGCGCUUCCACGUGUCCCUGCAUCGACAGCAGCACAAUUACGCUGCCCCUUCACCUGACACGGACCCUGAGGAUGACUUAGAUGAGGAGGAGUCCACCAGCAAACGGCCGUGUCUGGAGCCGCCGUCUCCACUCUCCUCGCCCGCCACCUCGGACUCGGAGGACUCAAACGAACAGCGUCGUAACUUCUUGGAGAGGAAGCGGAGGGAUGACCUUCGCUCCAGGUUCCAAGCGCUCAGGGGGGAGAUUCCAGGACUGUCUGGGUCUUCAAAAACCUCAAAGGUGACUAUUCUGACGCAGGCGACGGAAUACUUGCUGAAGAUACACGCCUGCCAGCGACGUCAAGCUCAGGAGAAGAGGAAACUGAAAGCCAAACAGCAACAGCUGCUCCGCAGAAUCGGUCUAUUGCAGAGUUCCUAAAUGACGGACGCUUUAAUUGAAAACAUCUCAAGGAUCCAAAAAGCUAAUGAACUUGUAUAUAUCUUGUAUAGUCUACAUUGAAUCUUGCCCUUAAAGGGAUCUGUACAGGUGUGUGUCGAGAGCUUUGCAAUGCUUUAGAUUGAGAUGUUGAACUUGGAUGAAACAUGCUCGUGAUGCUAAUGUAAUGUACAUGGUUGGCAAGGUGGUGGAAGCCAUUGUUGAAGAAUCUUCCCAUUUUUGGAAGACGGGUGGGUGCUGUGUAUGCAUGUGGGGUGUUUAGGUUAUGAUGUGAGGGGACUGGGGUUUGUAGGGUGUUAUGUGAGGGGAGCAUGUGUUGUUGCACAUUUUGUAUGUUUGUCCCUGUGAGCUUACUGGAGGAAGCCUGAAGUGUCAUGUUCAUAAUGGUCUGUACAAAAUCUGCUGUAAAUACUGUAUUCAGAGGACGUUCUCCUCCUUUAUCUACUCAUGAACAGCACAGAGAAUCUAUUUUGUUAAAGAAUAAAGCAACAAAA